UUUUAGGUCUCCCUAACAGCAAAGAAGAAGGAACGCGGCAAUUUAAACUGAGAGGCAGCGGUUGUGAAAAUGGAUCUGAAACUUGUGGCCGUGUCGAUCCUGUUGGUGCUAUUCUGCUCAGAAGUCUCCAGCUUUCGCGUUCAGAAACGAGAAGCCCAGGAGCCGGAAGUGUUCGCUCAAGUUAAGGAGAAAGUCACAGGCGCCUGGAGUCAAAUUUCCAGCACAGCCCAGGGCUGGCUAGAGAAAAUCCAAAAUCUGGAAGUCACAAAGCCAAUAAUAAAUAUGUACGAAAGCAGCAUGUCAAAGAUUAGGACCUACACGGACAUACUCUCCGACCAAGUUUACCACCUGAUGCAAAGUGAGAGUUAAUGUCGUCCAGCUUUCUCCCUUCUGCAGAGACUAGUCGCUGAGGCUCGGGGAAGCCUUCGUUUUUUCAUACGUUUUGCGUGUAAAGAUGCUCCAAUGCUUAGGAAAUGAAUAAAGCUCCUUUCCUGCUGAAGUG